AACCACUUGGGUAUCAUACCCCAAUCGUGGGACAGAGCUCCCUCCUCCUAGUACCCUCUCCGCCCUCACAACCUCGUCUGGCUCUCCUAGAACGCCCCCUUCCCCAGGCCCCGCCCUCCUACCGCUCUAGCCUCCGCUCCUCUCGUUGGUUCGCGUCAGGCCAACGCUGGGCUGAAGCUGGAGACCCGGCCGCAGCCCGCGAGCGAGCGAGCGAUCGGCGGGCGGCGGAGUGGGCGACUGCGGCCUACAGCUCGCCGCUGCGUCGGGGUCUCGCAGCUCAGACGCCGCUGAGGGCCUGCGCUGUAGCUCCUAACAGGCCAGGUUCCGAAGACGGCGCCUCCCCGAGCGCAGGAACCAGGUCGAGUGGGCCUGCGCGCGACUCUCCCCGAGGCCCGGCACCCCCACUUGGAUUCCAGGGCCCCAGAACUCACGCCCACCCAGGUCAGGUUCGCUUUCUCCUGUCUUUUCCCGGCCUAACUAGGUUCUUCUUCCCCACAGUUGCGUCUAGUGGUCCCAGGGCUCCGGAAAGUUUCGAUGAGCCUAUCCCAACACUUAGAAAUGGGGUUCUGGAACCUGGGAGUCCAGGAGAGUCGCCUUUAGGGCUCCUGGUCGCCGGCUUCUGCGUUUUCUUCCUCUCCAACGUUUUGGAUCCCCUUCCAAUUUCACAUUCACUACCACCCGAGGUGCCAUGGCCCCCAAGCCUUGGAGUGAGUGGAGCACGACCCUGUCCCACCUGGCACUGGGAGUGGUGUCUCUGCAUGCAGCCGUGCGCACUGCCCAGGCAAGUCGAGGGGCCGCUGCUGGCUUCCUGCUCCAGGCCUUGGCCUCUGCCACCAUGCUGGCCCCAGGGCUGGGCACAGAUGAAGACUGUCUUGCUGGAGCCUGGGUGGCCACUGUCAUUGGCCUGCCCCUUCUGGCCUUCGAUUUCCACUGGGUGAAUGGGGACCGCUCCUCUGCCAACCUGCUCCUGGGAGGAGGGAUGGUGCUAGCAGUGGCCGGUGACCACCUUGGUGCUGAGGGCCGCUCUGUGGCUAGUCAGGCAGUGGUGCUGGUGGUUGCAGUAACCAUCCUCAUUGUGGCCGUUUUCACAGCCAACACUUACGGAAUGUGGGGGGGUGCGAUGUUGGGUGCUGCAGGCCUCCUGAGCCGGCUAGAGGAAGAGAGACUGCUGCUGCUACCAAAGGAGGACAUCUGUCGCUGGGCCCUGGCUGCAGGCAGUUGGGCCUACCACCAAGCCCUGCACACACAGCGCCUGCAGUGGGAGUGAUGUUUGGAGACAGCAAGGUGGGGCUUCUGCCCUGGCUACACGUCCCACUCCCACAGGCCUGCUCCUUUGGGCCUCUUCCCCUAGGAUGGACUCUCUUGCCUCCCAAAGAGAGCUUGCUGCAGGGUGAUGGAUGCCUUGGUCAGGAUGCUCAGGUCCCUGAGUCUGGGCACUAUCCCUCUGGCUGAGUGUGGGCACUCGCCUAGACCAGAAUGAAGGAGAUGGGGCCCCAGGCACAUGCUGGGGCCUGAUGCUGGUCGGGCUGUGGUUUUGGGUCCAGAGAGAGGCUUGGUCUCCAAUAAACCUUAGGGAUACAGCAGGAA